GCUGGGAUAGGCGUCCCAUAUAUAAAGUAGAGGAAGAUGGGCACGGAUGUUGGCUCAGGCUCAGUCUUCCUCAAAAAAAAUAAAAAUAAAAAAAACCUCAGAAGGCCUAAUGGGGUAUGCAGGAAAAAGCCAAAACACAAGACCUCCCUGUGCCCAGAGGCUUUCCAGAGAGAUUCUUUGUAUACAAAAAUUUACCUAUUUGUCUAGUGUAUCAAAUAAUCGCUGUUGGGCGGACUUAGUAAGGAGGCUGUCAGGGGCUUGUCUGUGAACGGGGCCUGAGGUCCUUCUGUGGGCAGCUACUGCUUUCCUUUGCCCCUUGCAGCACAGUCUCCCACAGUAGGCACUGGGUAAAUACGUCAUUGCUCAUCUACUCAUAAACUUUGUCACUUUACUUAAGAGUGAAAGGUUCUCGUGAUUGACCCCUAAGGAUUGCUGUGUGAGAAGUUCACUGCUCCUUCCAGUUACCUGAGCACAUCAGGGUCCUUUUUGAUGCUCAAGCAGAUAAAAUUCCCCACUCCCACCAGUGGGGAAAGCAAGUUGUCACUGCUGGGAGAUUGGCUGCACAGAACCGCACUAACAGCAGAGGAGAAAUCAGGAUCCACAGUGGCUUGGUCUUUCCCGUCACCCUGCCCCUCCCCCCCCACAGAAGUGAAAUUGACACCUAGCUAGCUUUUGGUAGUAAAGCAAUGCAACUAACAACCUUCUAAGUUGCGGCAGGGGUGACCUCGAGCCCAGAUGUCAGGGGCUUGGUGUUUGCUGGCAGAGAUCUGGAUGGGGAGUGUGCCCUUUCCUCGUCACCUUACAAGAUGUCCCAGCCCCGGCUGCUGGAAGGAGGCCUGGGAGGAGCACUGUGACGCAUUUGUGACAAGGACCUGCCUGAAAGCCAGGGCGGGUGCCCUCCGAGUUCUCCCUAGGGAGGCCUUGGAGGCCUAGCAAGACCAAGAGAGCCUGGAAACUUGGCCGGCGUCCGGCACAUCAUCCUCGUCCUCUCGGGAAAGGGGGGUGUUGGGAAAAGCACCAUCUCCACGGAGCUGGCCCUGGCCCUGCGCCACGCGGGCAAAAAGGUGGGGAUCCUCGACGUGGACCUGUGUGGCCCCAGCAUCCCCCGCAUGCUCCGGGCACAGGGCAGGGCUGUGCACCAGUGUGACAGUGGCUGGGUGCCUGUCUUUGUGGACCAGGAGCAGAGCAUCUCCCUCAUGUCCGUGGGCUUCCUGCUGGAGAAGCCGGACGAGGCCGUGGUGUGGAGAGGCCCCAAGAAGAACGCGCUGAUAAAGCAGUUUGUGUCUGACGUGGCCUGGGGACAGCUGGACUAUCUGGUUGUGGACACGCCCCCAGGGACCUCUGAUGAGCACAUGGCCACUGUGGACGCCCUGCGCCCCUAUAGCCCCCUGGGGGCCCUCGUGGUCACCACACCACAGGCGGUGUCCGUGGGGGACGUGAGGCGGGAGCUGACCUUCUGUAGGAAGACGGGCUUGCGGGUGAUCGGGCUCGUGGAGAACAUGAGCGGCUUCGUCUGCCCGCACUGCGCGGAGUGCACCAACGUCUUCUCCAGGGGAGGUGGCGAGGAGCUGGCCAGACAUGCUGGAGUCCCCUUCCUAGGCUCUGUGCCCCUGGACCCCGAGCUCACAAGGAGCCUGGAGGAGGGCCGAGACUUCAUCCGGGAGUUCCCCAAGAGCCCUGCGUUUCCCGCCCUCUCCUCCAUAGCCCAGAAGAUUCUAAACGAGACGCCUGCUCAGCUCCCCUGACCAAGGCGGCCUUGAGCACCUCCUCCUGGCCACGUGGGUUUUAGCUCACACACUCGAGCAGGGGUCCUGGGCGCAGUUCCCAGGACCCACAGAGGCUGGCCCUUGGCUGUCACAUGCUCGCGUCUCCCUGCUGGGGCCCUGCCCUCAGAGACAUUUCCGGUGCUUGUGCAGCAUCUUGGCAUCAGAGCUGGUGACCGUGAGUGGCUCUGCCAGGUUGGCCUGGGGGCCCAGGGGACAUUGUGGGGUCCAGGUGCCAUGGCCUGAGCCCUCUGGUGACAUCACAUUCACUCUUCACAUCUCAGUAUUCACACGCCCGACAGGCGGACAGGCUGCCCUUCCCAGCUGUCCCCACAUUGUUCACACAGCUGGUGUGUCUGCAGGCUUGCCAGGCCACUGCUGUCCUCAGUGGCCCUGGGUUCUCAGCAGCCUGUGAGUCUGCAAGAGAUCAUGCUGACAGAGGGGAACACCCUGUGAGGUGCUACACUUGUAACUUCAGAGGAACUCACAAUUAAACAGGUCUUACCGCCCUGCU